GAUGCUCGAACUGACUGCAGCUGUCAUUCGGCAGAUUUGUUUACGUUUUGCAACGACGGACGAUGCUGGAUGUUAUUUUGGUGCAAAGAGUGUGUGCAUUUAUUAAUUUAUAAGGUUAACACUUAGUCAAACACGCCCUCAGUACACUUGCAAAAUGGGUCGCCGUUCGAUCAACACCACCAAGAGUGGUAAGUACAUGAACCCGACGGAUCAGGCCCGCAAGGAGGCGCGCAAGAAGGAGCUGAAGAAGAACAAAAAGCAGCGCCAGAUGGUCCGGGCGGCCGUGCUGAAAGGCAAGGACCCGGCGCAGCUAAUCGAGGAGAUGGAAAAGAUCGACGAGAUGGAGUUUAACGUGUAUCAACCGUCGCCCCUGAACGAGAAGGUGCUGAAGGAGAAGCGCAAAAAGCUGAAGGAAACGCUGGACCGUGUGAUGCGCCUGUACCAGGCGGACGAUCCGGAGCUGUGGGCGGACUUGAAGCGCAAGGAGGUGGACUAUGAAAAGCGGCGCAACAAACGCAUCCAGUACUACGAAAGCGUGCGCCACGCGGAGCAGGUGCAGGUGGACGAUAUUCCACUGCCGUCGGCGACGGAAACACCUACACCCCUGUCCAUCCCGCGCAUACCGAUGCCACCGAGCGUGGCUCCGCCCAGUAUUGUUCCGCCGCUGCGUAGCAUCCCGCCACCGGCUCCACUGCUGAAGAAACCGGUCGAAAACCCGAUCGAACCGACGGAACCGGUCGAUGACGAUGACGACAUACCGGGCUGCCCACCGGGGCCACCGCCCGAUCUGUUCGACAUGCCCGAGCUGGACUUCGAUCUGGAGAACUUCCACGCGGAAACGCAAAAGAGUGUCAAAUUCUAUGACGACGGUGAUUCGAAGGACAACACGGAAGAAUCGGAUGGUGAGAAGACGGUAAAGCAACCGAACACCGUACAGCAGAAGAUGCUUGCCCUUUCCGGGCAAAACAUUGACGAUUUUAUGAAGGAGAUGGAAAGCGUACAGAAGAAGAAGGAACAAUCGACCCACGACACACCCUCGCUUUCCUCUAUUCCGACCCCAUCGGCACCGCCGCUACCCAACCCGGCCCCGGCACCGGAUGCAGCGAUGCCAAAGUUCAUGCCAAUGCCAUCCUCCAUCCCGAUGCCGGGCCCGCCCGGUUCGAUGCAAUCGCUCAUGAUACGGCCACCGCCACUGCGGCCACCCGGUAUGGGCGGUAUGCCCGCCGGUUUGCGUAUGCCCGGCCGACCCGGUAUCCCGGGUGGACCGCCCCCGGUUAUGCCACCGCGCAUGGGCAUCCGCAUGCCGCCGGGACCACCGGCCGGCCCUCCGCCCAAGCACAUCCAGCAGCAGCGCAACAUGCAGCUGCACCAGCAGGCCCAGCAACAGCAGCAGCAGCAGCUGCUCCAGCAGAAGGAUCCCAAAAGUGCCACCAUUUCGGCGAAACCGCAGAUCCGCAAUCUCAGCGCAGACGUUACCCGGUUCGUACCGAGCGCGCUGCGUGCGAAAAAGGACGAUGUGCGGAAGGCGAAACCACCGGCCCGGCCGGUACACGAUCAGCACGAUCCGCGUACGGUUGCGGCGGAUCCAUCGAAGCCAACCAAGGACGAUGCGUAUUUACAGUUUAUGCGCGAAAUGGAAGAUUUGCUUUAAGCGGCAUGAUAAUGCGCACCAGGUUCAGCAGUGCAGUGUUUCCAACGUGUGUGUGUGUGUGUUUUGGUAGAGAUAGCAAUAAUUACAAUAAACGAUAAGCAUAACAGUUUAAACUUCUUCUUCAUAUCGCCCGCAGGCGAUUGAAA